UGACCGGUGACCACCGACCUUACCGCCACCAUCGCUGCCACCACCGUCGCGCCCGAUAGCUGUACUUGACAUUGCUCGAGGCUGCUCACCUUAGUACGAAAAGCGACUACGCAGUUGCCGCCAUGAACUUGUCUUUGUAUACCAUCUCCGCCUUCGUCAUAAUGGACACGGACGGGCACCGCGUCCUGGCCAAAUACUACCACCCGAAGAGCCACCCGCAAGGCGAGUCGCAGAAGUUCCGGACACUGAAGGAGCAGCGGGCAUUUGAGAAGGGGCUGUGGCAGAAAACGAAGAAGGCGGGAGGCGACAUCAUCCUCUACGAUUCGCAUCUCGCCGUGUACAAGCACUCCCUCGACCUUAUCUUCUACCUCAUCGGCGACCCGUCAGAGAACGAGCUCAUGCUUCACUCGGCGCUGGUUGCGUUCUCGGACGCGGUGUACAUGCUCCUGCGGAACCAGGUCGAGAAGCGGGGAGUGCUGGAGAACCUCGACCUUGUCCUGCUCUGUCUAGACGAGACGAUUGACGAUGGCGUCAUCGUCGAGACCGACUCUGCCGCCAUCGCGUCGCGCGUGAGCCGGCCAAAGGCGGACAGCACGGAGAUCGUGAUCAACGAGCAGACGAUCAUGAAUGCGUACAUGACAGUGAAGGAGAAGAUGCAGCAGAGAAUAGCGACGCUGUAAUUGUGGACAGACUAGGCCUAUCUAUUAUUUGCAUUCGACUUGGUGACUGCCCAGUUGCUGUUUUUGACUCCGGGCGACACGGGGUCUUCAGGGAGGUUCGCCGAUAGAUUCCUGUAGCUUUGUUGGCACAGGCUCCAUGACAUUGUGUCGUGCCUAUAAGCAUGCCACUACACCGCACGGCAGAUAACUUAACUCGUAAACACCCGUCUUCCAGCACUGAAUCAGGGCUAUCGACGUAAGGAUGACAGACGAGUCACCAGCUUGCGUUGCGGUCCGUGGGGCGCAAACCUUGUCUGGAUUGCUAUUCUGCGGCCCCCAAAACGCCUGCGCUGUGCGCUUCUGUCAACCUCUCACUUCCCGUGAUGACGAACCAACGACAGCAUGAAGGAUGUGCGAAACGGUGGUCAUUCCUCGUGAUACACAGUAUCCAUAGAGUACAAUCCGGG